GCCCCGGGCUGCCCUGCCCAUCCCAGGACAUCCCAGCCCUGCCCAUCCCAGGACCUCCCAGCGCUGCGCGCUCCUGCAUGCGGGAGCGGCGGGGGAGCCGCGUUGCCCCGCUCCGCCAGCAUGUCCGCCCGCUGCUGCGCCGGCCAGUUGGCCUGCUGCUGCGGUACUGCUGCUUGUUCCUUGUGCUGCAAAUGCUGCCCCAAGAUAAAGCAGUCAACCAGCACCCGCUUCAUGUACGCGCUUUACUUCAUCCUGGUGACCAUCAUCUGCUGUGUCAUGAUGUCCACAACAGUAGCUAAUGAAAUGAAAACUCACAUUCCCUUCUACAAGCAGAUGUGCAAGGGUAUUCAGGCGGGUGAGAUGUGUGAGAAGUUGGUGGGAUACUCUGCAGUGUACAAAGUCUGUUUUGGAAUGGCCUGUUUCUUCUUUCUGUUCUUCCUGUUCACCAUCAAAAUUAACAACAGCAAAAGCUGCCGAGCAUACAUUCAUAAUGGAUUCUGGCUUAUUAAACUUAUAGUUUUGGCAGCAAUGUGCUCAGGAGCUUUCUUCAUUCCUGAUCAGGACACUUUCCUCAAUGCCUGGCGCUAUGUAGGAGCAACAGGAGGGUUCCUUUUCAUUGCCAUUCAGCUCAUCCUGCUGGUUGAGUUUGCACACAAGUGGAAUAAAAAUUGGACUGCAGGUGCAAACCACAAGCAGGUGUGGAAUGGUCUGCUUGCCUUGGUCACUCUCAUCCUGUACUCCAUUGCCGUGGCAGCUCUGGUGCUCAUGGCUCUCUUCUACACGCGCCCAGAGGGCUGCAUGUACAACAAGGUGCUGAUCGGAGUGAACGGCGGCCUGUGCCUCUUCGUGUCCCUGGUGGCCAUAUCGCCCUGCGUCCAGAACCGCCAGCCCCAUUCUGGCUUGCUGCAGUCGGGAGUCAUCAGCUGCUAUGUCAUGUACCUCACUUUCUCGGCACUAUCCAGCAAACCACCAGAAACAAUCCUGGAUGAAAACAACCAGAAUAUCACAAUCUGUGUACCUGAAUUCAGUCAAGGCCUGCACAGAGAUGAAAACCUGGUUACUGGCUUGGGCACUACGAUUCUGUUUGGCUGCAUUUUAUAUUCUUGUUUGACCUCAACAACACGUGCAAGCUCAGAGGCACUGAGAGGAAUAUAUGCAACAGCUGAAACUGAAGUAGCUCGUUGCUGCUUUUGCUGUGUACCUGAUGGAGACGCUGAUGCUGAAGAGCAUGUUGAAAAAAGGGGAGGCCAGACUGUGGUUUACGAUGAGAAGAAGGGCACAGUGUACAGUUAUGCCUACUUCCACUUUGUUUUCUUCCUGGCUUCUCUCUAUGUGAUGAUGACAGUAACUCAUUGGUUCCACCACAGCCACUGCCUACAUGGACAAAGCAACCAGCUGGGUACCUGGACAAAGGAAAACAAGGCAACCUGACCAGUCAGGGUCAGAGCACAAUUGCUGCAGAGACUAAAUGCUCC